AUGUCACCUAUCUUAAUUAAUAUAUUACUAGCAUUUACCAUCUCCCUCAUCGGACUACUAAUUUACCGAUCCCACAUAAUAUCUUCCCUUCUAUGUCUAGAAGGUAUAAUACUAUCACUUUUUAUUUUAACAUCUACACUAGCCCUAACAAUGCAUUUCACCCUAAUAACUAUAAUACCUAUUAUUUUACUAGUUUUCGCUGCUUGUGAAGCGGCAAUUGGCCUUUCACUCUUAGUUAUAGUUUCCAACACCUAUGGCUUAGAUUACGUCCAAAAUCUUAACCUACUCCAAUGCUAA